AUGUCCCUCCUCGCAUCCCUCCCCGCAUCUAUUCCCCUCCCCGCGCCCCUCCUCCGCCUCCUCGCAUCGGACGGCCCCCUCCUUGCAUCGCCCCUUCGGCGACGGGCCACGGCCGGCCUCGCAGCCCUUGCAUUGUACGCGCUGCUGGUGCGCGCGUUGCGGUGGCGAAGGUACAACGCAAUCCACCGCAAGUACAAGGGAAGAGAAAACAAGCUCACGCCCGCGGAGGCACAGGAGGUUGUGCAGCUUGCAUUUGCGUGGGACAUGCCGAAGCUAUCUGAGUACUCGCUCGCGUUUGCUUUGUUCAAGACCUACGCCAUCCCGACAAUCUCGGGGCUGCUGCUCGCGACGCGGCAACUUGCCAGUCCUGGGACGAUCGCGCGGCGCUACGCAGACACUGAGAUACUCAUCGCCACGUGGGUCGCGUGCCCUCUUGCUGGCAAGCUCGUCGACGCCGCGCCCGACGCGCCGGUUGACGACCCCCGCGCGUCGCUUGCGCUCGCCCGUGUGAACUGGCUGCACAGCAAGUAUAAGAUCUCGAACGACGACUUUUUGUAUACGCUUGGGUUGUUCCUCUUCGAGCCUGCGAAAUGGGCCGACAAGUACGGCUGGCGGCGGCACUCCGAGCUCGAAAAACAGGCGCGUGAACUCCGUAUUACCCAGCCGCGCGCUUACGAAGAUGCUUUGCAGGCGGCAUUCGUGUACUGGACGGAGAUCGGGCGCAAGAUGAACAUCGCGGACAUCCCCGAGACGCCCGCGGCCUUCCGGACAUGGAUCGAGGAUUACGAACGGGAAAAGAUGGUCCCCGCUGAAUCGAACCGGGACGUCGCGGAAUACACGACCGGCGAGCUGCUCUAUCCCGUCCCGCGCGUGCUCGGGCUCCGGUCCUUCGCGGAGGGCUUUGUGCGUGCGAUGCUCGACGAGCGCACGCGUGUUGCGAUGAUGCAACCCAAAGCGCCGUUCUACGCGGCCCCGCUGAUCAACACCCUGAUGGGCGUGAUCGCGCUCGGGCAGCGGUACCUGGCCCUCCCGCGCACUCACAAGCCCGCGGCCGCCGUCGAGCCGGACCUGCCCCCGCUCGUGGACGGCGUCGCGCCGCGGCUGUUUCCCAAGAAGUGGACGUCGCUGCCGUGGUACAAGCCGGCCGCGGGCGGGCUGCUCGGGCACGUGCGCGACCGCGCGCUGGUGCUGCUGGGGUGGUACGAGGACGUGCCAAGGGCGGAGUACCGGUGUGCGGGGUACCGGAUCCACGAGAUGGGCCCGGUGCGCUACGAGAAGGACGGGCACGAGGAGGUGAUGCGGAUGGCGGGCGAGAUACAGGGGUGUCCCGUCGCAAAGGGCUGGCGCGCGGAGGCGGUGAAGGGCGUCGAGGGGUCACCAGUACCAUUCCUGUCUUUCCCCACCAUGCCCCCGCGCACAGCGACGAUAUCGAGCAUCUAUAGCUGGUGGUCCGACUCCAACCAGCCUGGCCCCACUAUCAACCUGCACACCGCCGCUAAGCCCCUGCUGCGUCUUAUGUACGGCCGAGAGGCUACGAAGCUGCUUACCGCAAAUCGGGGGCGGGGGCUGACACAGCAGGUGCUAGAGGAGCUCCUCAGCUAUCUCAGUGUCCCACAUGUGGGGAUUGCUGUCAAGGACCAGAUUGUGGCGUAUCUGCAUGGAAGAGCAGACUCAGCUCAGGACACAGCACUACUUCUGCGAUCGAUGGACAACUCUGCACAUAUAGCCAUCUGGGCAGAGCUAUUGAUCUCCACAGAGCCGCAACUGCAAGCACAAAUGCUGGAGCUCCUGAUUAAGCUUUGUGAAUCUGGGUGCCAUCUCCCAACAGCCUUCCUCACAGUGUCUAUGAGUGGAUUAGUCAAGCUCUCAGUUUCAUUGUAA